CAUCCUUAUCCCCAUCCAUCCCAUCUUCAUCCUCAUCUCCAUCCUCAUCCAUCCCCAUCUUCAUCCCCAUUCUCAACUAUCUAUGCCCAUCUUCAUCCCCAUCCGUCCUCAUCCCCAUCCACCUGCAACAGG